CAGGUGAGACGUCCUCCAUCUCCGAUUGACUCACACUGGAGUGUAACCAGGGAGACUUGCGCGUGACGACCUGCUGCUGCUGCUGCUGCUGACUCUCAGUCCCGCGUGGAAGUCAGAUAAGUAGCGCUGUGACACCUGGAGAGAAGAAUCCCAGCCAUCCAUCCAAAAUGAAAGUGGAUAUGUUGUUACCCGUGUCAACAAUCGUCAGUGUUGCGUUAUUCGCCUACAUGAAAUCAGGUCUAAAGGACCGGGAAAAAGAGGAGAGACGCCUCAGGUUCCAGGACAUUAAGCUGCGAGUGACGUUCGACGUGCUCCAAGAGUACCAGAAGGACAGCUCCGUCAUCCAGGAGCAGCUGAAUCGAGCCAAGGAACAGUACAAUCCCCAGGAGGAAGAGCUGAAAAAUCUCCAGAUGAAGCAGCGGCAGACGAAGGACAAUCUGGAGAUCUGUCAGUCGAGCAAGAAAGAGGCACUGGAUGCCCUAGCGAUUGCAGAGACAGAAUUCACUGACGUAAAAGCGUUGCUUGAUAAGGAGGUGGCUGAUUGGAACACGGAGGAAGAGCCACUGAAACAGCAGCUACAGGCACGGAGUCCAGUGUGUGACCACGUGAAGGAAGAAUCAAAAGAAGCAGCAAGCAAGUGGUGUAACAUGAAGCAAAAUGAGGAGGCCCCCAAGCCAGAGGAGCCUAAACAGGAGGCCCCCAAGCCAGAGGAGCCUAAACAGGAGGCCCCCAAGCCAGAGGAGCCCAAGGCAGAGGAGCCCAAGGAGCCCAAGGCAGAGGCCCCCAAGCCAGAGGAGCCUAAACAGGAGGCCCCCAAGCCAGAGGAGCCAAAGGCAGAGGCCCCCAACCCAGAGGAGCCUAAACAGGAGGCCCCCAAGCCAGAGGAGCCAAAGGCAGAGGCCCCCAAGCCAGAGGAGCCAAAGGAGGAGGCCCCUAAGAAAAGAUGAGGAAAUACACUACACCUCUGCAACACUGAAUCUGUAAAAAAAACAAAGCUUUGGUUACAUAGUAACCAGAUACUCUCUGACGUUUUACUGGGACAAUGCAAUAUUACCUUUCACUGUGGUUGUUAGUUAUGUAGAAGUUAGAAAAAAAUGAAGCUGCAUUUUGGAAAAGGAAAAGGGAUUCCUGAGAAACGGCAAAGUGAGUAAUGUCGAAACUCACCAUACAAAUGAGGAAUGUGAUGUGAGUGGAUCUGCAGGUUUUCACAAACUUACCGUCUUCCUGGGCUUUGUGUUGUCUGUCGACUGGUUGUCCACGUGCUCGACAGCCUCAGUGUCUGUCUUCUCAGAAAAGAAGUUUGAAUUUUAAACAAAUAAGAGAAAUUAACUGAGAGCUUGUGUGUUUACACUGUCUUGUAGAAUAAAAACAUUUUCCACUAA